AUGGCUUCCAAUUCGAUAUGUAGCCGCUGCUUACGGCUGGCUUCUCAACUGCCACGCAAUGGUAAUGCUGGGCGAGAGUCACGACGAGCCUUCACCACCACGGCGAAGCAGCAGCCGUCUCGAAGACGGAUACAUCAAUCGAGCAACCCAAGAGCGCCGGCAGUAGAAGGACAGCGCCAGCAGGACUCCCCAGUACCCCCCUUCUCCGCCACUCGAGGCCGCACAGUGGAUCAGCCUGCCACCAAUCCCUACGACCGGGCCCUCCUACAGCGGCACAAUCUGUUCCACCCCUUCACGAACUCGCCAUCUCCUCAAAUUCGCAAACGGGCGGCAAUCAUCCGCCAGAAUGCGUACUGUCCCCACCCUUCACACCAGCCGACCCGCAACCCUCAGUCACCUCAUGAUGCAGAGGGAAGGAAGACGGGCCAAAUGCCACCCGCACACGUCCGCUACGAGUGCCCAGACUGCGGCAUCCCCGUCUCUUGCUCCGAGGAACACUUUGCGAGCGACUAUGAGAGUCAUCUGCAGAUCUGCGAUACUCUGAGACAGAUCAACGAGGACGACCAUGAUUUGGUGUCGGGAAGGUUCUUUCCAGAGUUUCAAUAUCCGAGCUCACAGAUUGAGGAAGCGCAGGUGAACAUGACGAAUUGGGAUACGUUGUUGUACAGCAGAGAGUUCAAUGCGAUCAACGAUGAGAGGAGUAUGCGGCAGGCGACGAGGUUGCUGACGUAUCCGAUGACCGUGGGCAGUGUGCUGCAUGAGUUGAGCCCGUACAGCUUGAAGCAGCGGUUGACGCCGGAAGGGCUGCGCUCGUUGUCUGCCCUACGCUACUCACUUCACCCUCCUCGAACUGGCGCCUCCACCACCAUGUCCGGCAUCCGACCUAAUCCUCCUCCGAUCCGUCUUUUCAUUCUCGGCGCCCGUGCUGAGUCCUCUCUCCCCCGCGAAGUCUGGAUUCAGCUCUCCCACCUCUUCCCUCGUGUCUCCUUCCACCUCAUCUUCAUCGGUCCGGAGAGCAUGGCGAACCGAGACGACGAAUUCCCCCUACCUUCCCGGACACCUCAGAAUCCCUACGGCGCCAUUGUUGAAGACCGUCUGGGUGGCGGAAUGAAGGUCAGCACCUACGUUGAGUACUUCCACACGCUCUUCGAAGCCCAGCACUUCGCGCCAUUCGACCCUUACUUCGACGCCUUCCUGCUCUUCCAUCCUGGGCUCGGACAUCCUGCUUCUUCACACGAGUGGGCGCCGACUUUACCACAACUUCUAUCGACUAAGAUCCCCAUCCUGUGCACCGGAUACACCGAUUUCGACAUGCAGCGCGAUAUUGAAUGGGUCAAGAAGGAGGCGGGGGGCGAGAUGGACGUGCUGAUGGAGCCCGGGGAGAAUCGGUUUAGGAGUUUGAGGUGGGAUUUGAACGAUCUAGAUCCGGGUGAUGUGAGUUGUGGGAACUGGGGCGUGUGGGGGUUUAGGGGGAAGAGGUAUGAGGCGGAUGAGUAUCGGGGUGCUGAGUGA